CUCUACGACUUCUUCGAUGCAAGCCGCUUCCUCAAGAGUUGAGUCGCUGACGCCUUCGUCCUCCCCAGACAAACCUUCUUCAUCAUCCACUUUAUUGUCACACUCAACGAAGGCGCCUUGGAUGCUGCUGGUUUGGUGCCACGUAAGUCAGAUUCUUGCUGGAGGACUUCUCAAGAGCCUAGCCGUUUUCCUUGAUGAUAUCCUGCAGGAGUUCGACUCCAGUGUGGCCUUCAUGGGAUGGAUGUUCUCUCUGGAAGCUUUCUUCUUUGGGCUCACCUGUCCUUUUGCAUCGUUCGCUACAAAGAAACUUGGUCCUCGGGCUGUGAUGAUGGUUGGUGGUCUUAUCAACGGUGGGGGAAUCUUAAUGGCGUCCUUAGCAACCAACAUUAUUGUCGUCGGGGUGGGCAUCUCGGCCAUUGCGGGAACGGGCAGUUCUAUGAUCUAUGUCGCAGCUCUAGUGACCGUCCGAAAGAACUUCCACACCUUCUACGCCAUAGCUAACGGGUUGACAUUGGCUGGGGUCUCGGUGGCCGUGUUCACAUUCCCUCCAAUCAUCAGGGUUCUUAUCAACAAUUUCGGCUGGAGAGGCGCCCUUUGCAUUUUAUCCGCCAUCUCGUUGAAUACCAUGGUCACAGGUGCUCUGAUGAAAGAUGGCGGCUACAAAAAAAAACCUAAAAGGCCCUCUGAUGAGAAAGGAGAGACGAGGCCAUUUGUAUCGAAAUCGUGUAACACGCGGACACCGAGUGCAAGUCGAAAUAGUGAGAAAAACGAUGAUGUAUCGUGCACCUUGAGAAAAAGUGGUCUUAAGAUAUCCGGUAGUAGCAAUACGGGUGUAACAUUCAAAGCCGUUGAUGAUAUCAAUGUCAAUUGCCGAUCCGAGAAUGACUACGCAUCGAGCAGUUGCAAGAUGGGUCUACACAGUGUCUACAUAGACGGUGAAAUUACCUCAAUACCGAUGCCGCUGAAUGGAAAUGCAAGACCAUAUAGAAGACCUAGCAUUAGUGAGAAGUAUGUCAAGUUGAUAAUAGCCAACAUUACCCAUGGACUUCUUGGUGUGGUGGCGUUCCUGUGGUCUAUGGCAAACACUGCUACGAUGAAAUACCUAGUAGCGGCCGGGGUCGAACGGGGUUUGACGUCUAUCCAAGGUGCCAUGCUCCUAUCUGCAACCGGUGUCACCCAGUGUCUUAGCCUCCUUGUCAAUGGUGUCAUCAUUUCCAAGGGCUGGGUAACCCCUCUUCAGCUGUACCUUGCUGUGUUCUUUCUAAUGGCCGGCGCAGUAUUCGGAAUAGCCAUGUUCCAACACUAUGUCGUAGGCCUCGUCUGCUCGGCGAUGUUUGGACUCGGUACAGGAACCAUUAUCUCGCUUAACCUGGUAAUACAGCGUACCCUUGACCCAAGGGCAGGUGCGCAGGCUGCAGGAUGGCUCAUGUUUCUCGAGGGUGUGGGCGGCUGCAUCGGAGGAUUCUGCAUAGGUGCUGUACGUGACUUGUCUGGUAGUUAUACAAUCUCUUUCUUGGUCUCUGGUGUUGUGACGUCAGUUGCUGCAUCACUUGUCAUCGUCAUCCUCGUUAUCCGUCGUGUUAAGAGAGGUCACUAGAGGGCGUCUGUCAAUACCUGAUGAGAGUGCCAUUCGCACAUAAUGCAAGUUUGGCCAACUGGAUUCAAUUUGAUUUCAACAUAGCGCAUAUGCUUCUUGCCACCCCCCCCCCCCCCCCCCUGUAUGCAACAUAUCUGCAAUGGUUGUUUUGUUGACACAAAUGAUUCCCUUUUCCAAUAACGGAGGUGCUAGCACUGAAAUUAAAUGAUUGCCUACUAGAACCUGAUGGUGUCUGAUUAUAGCCUACGGAAAUGAAAGAAUUUAGUAGUUAAAGGGUUAAGUACAGUCGAACCCGUUUUAGUGGCCACAUGUUAAAACUAAUAGAAAAUGGGCAACCUGUCCAUUGCGGUCGUCUCUAGGAAGUAAUGUAUGUUGAAGGACCUGUCUAGAUAGACCAUCUGUCUAUAGUGGCCACUUUUUCGAUUAGAUAGAUUUGACUGUAUCUUCAAUCUCGUGCAAUCGCCACCCCUUCCCUCAUUCUAACGAUGUACAAAGUUUAUUCCAGACGUUUAAUGCAUACAAGGUUGACGUAGUGAUGAUGAGUCAGAGUAUUUUUUUACAUUUAUAUUUCAAUAUUAUAAAACGAUUUCAUCGUGCAGUGGUGCAUGUACAUAGUAAUGUAAUCCUACAAGAUAUGACAACGUAUUAUAUCGUUAAUAUCAUAUAAUCUGUGUAGCUGCGAUACAAUGUAUGUUUUUAUUUCGUUGCAUUAGACUUUCAUUAUUAUUACGCGAAGUUUAACUAGAAAACUAUUAUUGCCACCUUAAUCGUGAUAUGGCAUCUAUAAAUUAAAACUUCAAGCAACCCGUUAUGUAAAGACCUAUAACAUAAAUCAAACUUCUAAAUAUAUUUUCUUUGCUAUGCUUUUGUAUGUUUGUUGUUGCUGUUCUGUACUUAAAAGAAAAAAAAAGAUUUUGACCUGCAGCACUUUAUUUGCAGUACACUUUAAAUGGUACUGUCAUAAUAAUUAUACGCUAAUAGGUGUCCCUAGCUUUCCAUAGGAACGUUUGUAUGUGUGUGUAUUUUGUUUGUUUGAGGUUGCCGUGAGUAGGUGUUUUACAAUAACUUUUACUGAUUAUAAUUAUUGAUAUAUUUACGAAAGUAGAAGGAAAUUACAAUAGCCUAGGCAGAAUAAUCAUUAUUGAAACAUUAUGUCCCUUCAAAUAUCUUGUUUAUGUUAUAUAAUUCAUUAAUACUGCCUUAUAUUUCAUAUUGUAACAUUAUAUGGGCAAAUUCGAAAAGCAACGUUGAUGCCAUUUUACUGUUACAAAAGAAAGCCAUGCGUAUAUGUACUGAUUCUUCCUAUCGCGACCACACCAAUCCCUUGUUUUCAAAACUAAAAACUCUAAAAGCUGAUGAUAUACAUUUUCUACAAAUAGCACUUUUCAUGUUUCGCUUACAAAAUGGUCUACUACCUUCAUACUUUCCCCCAUUGUUUAAUUUGAA